CAGCUCCCUGGUUGUAGGCUACCACUUUUAUAGAUAUGAGGCUUAAACCAAACCAGGGUGUUUUAUUUUUGUGUCUCUUAUGCCUUUACAUUGGCCAAACAUGUGGUAUAAGCCUUGAAAUAGUGCAAGAAGACGAGACACAUCAUGAGGAAAGGUCUGAAAAUAUUCAAACUGGGACAAUUACUUUCGGCACAGGGAAUAUUUCACUGGGUCGAAAUCUGGAAUAUGAGAGACGAUAUGUUGGAGAAAACACUACAGACGAUGGCUCCGUUAACGUUCAAGCCGACGAUCCAGGCCUGGUGGGUGGACAAAGCGGCACUCAUGACUUUAGGGCCUGGGAUCGUAUGCGACCCAAGUUAUUAUGUACUAAUGACCUCAUGAAGUUCUCUGCACAAGGCCCUGGCUGUUCUUCACUCCAGUUAGACAGCGGUGGCACACCUCUCUCACUACGCCAGCUACGUCGAGAGUGUGGCUACUCUGUGAAAAGGACUGCGGUGGGCCUCGUGCUUCUCGCCACUUUUGAUGGUUGUGAUGUUAUAAAACAGGGCAAUAGCCACUUGCUGCAGAUGUUGUGGCACGGCAAUCCAGUAACCCUCUCCUGCCCUGCAUCAAGCUCAGACCAAGCCUCUCUAGUUGUAUCCACUACUCCUGCUCCAACUACCAAGGCACCUUCUACAGCUGCUGAGCUUCCUCCACAGAAUCAACAGUGGAUGCAUCCCCUCUUUGGAGGCUACUACCCUGUAAUGCCUGAGAAUAUUCCCCCUCAAACUACUGUUGCACCAACUACAGAAGCACCUACCACAGCGGCUGAGCUUCCUCCACAGAAUCAACAGUGGAUGCAUCCCCUCUUUGGAGGCUACUACCCUGUAAUGCCUGAGAAUAUUCCCCCUCAAACUACUGUUGCACCAACUACAGAAGCACCUACCACAGCGGCAAAGCUUCCUCCACAGAAUCCGUGGAUGCAUCCCCUCUUUGGAGGCUACUACCCUGGAAUGCCUGUCAAGAUUCCCCCUCAAACUACUGUUGCACCAACUACAGAAGCACCUACCACAGCGGCUGAGCUUCCUCCACAGAAUCAACAGUGGAUGCAUCCCCUCUUUGGAGGCUACUACCCUGGAAUGCCUGUCAAGAUUCCCCCUCAAACUACUGUUGCACCAACUACAGAAGCACCUACCACAGCGGCUGAGCUUCCUCCACAGAAUCAACCCCUCUUUGGAGUGGAUGCAUCCCCUCUUUGGAGGCUACUACCCUGA